UUAGUAUUUAUUUUCAUUCUUCAGGGCUACUUUUACAAUAGUUUUAACAUAUUUUAAGCAUAACAUUUUUGCUUUAUUUUGUAAGGAUUGAACACUUUCUAUGAUGGGCCUGCCUCAAAUAUUAUCCAAAACCAAAUAAAGGUUUCUAUCACAAUAACAUAGACGUGAAAUGUCGCAUAUUGAUAAUCUAGAUCAAGGAGAGUUGAAGUCACUGGACACGUUGCACAUUGGUUUCUGAAGUACUGUAUCUACGUAUUAUAUCGCUGAGGCAGGCCCUAAGGUGUACACGUAGCCGACAAAAGUAGGUCUGUAGUAAUCUAAUAGUGACGAUUGUUGUCAAUAACGGAAUAUAAGUCGCCCUCUGCCCUUUGCAUACUCUGGUCUUACAAUCAGCUAGAAAGGGACUGAAUCAAGGGAUACAAGGUAUAUUUUUAUUUAAUAAUAAUAAUUUUAAAUAAUUUUGCAAUGUCAGAGGGUAAAGUACAAGUGAAGGUAGAACCUCUAUAUACAGAUUAUGAGGCAAAUUUGGAGUCUGGGAAUAAAGCUGAAGAGGCUCAUAUACAUGUCAAAGAUGAACCUAUUUGGAACACUGAGGAGUACUCACCGGCCAGCGUCUGUAGAGAUCAAGUGAUAGAAAAUGACUCUCUGAGUCACACAACUAAAAAAAUAAAGAAAGAAACUGAACAACACAGCACAAAAUACUCACAAGAUGAUUGGUGUAUGGAGUAUAAGGUUAAGGUUGAGACAGAGGUAGAUAAGUCUAAUAGAAGCAACAUAGCAUCACAAGUUAAGGAAUAUAGUCAUAACAUAUCACAGCAGAGUCUAGUGCUGGCGGCGUCCACAAACCAGUAUAUGAAAAAGGAAAAAGAAGCUACAAAGGAUGCAAUUAGUAAAGAGGCAGUUACGCCAAGUGGCUUGUAUGUUGACCAAAUGGUCAAGAUUGAGAGAGACACAGACAUUUACAGUGUAAAUAAUGAAAUUCCACAUAAGUUAAAUAACUCUGAGAGCAAAGUAGAAACCAGUCCAAUAGGCCAUGAUGGCAGUAAGUUUACAAUCCAGUCAUGCCUCAGUACAGACCAAAUGGUAAAGGCAGACAAUGCGGUUGUAGGCCUGUACAUGGACCAUGUUGUAAAAGAGGAACUAGUAGUUGGGCCUGAGGUAUUGCAGAAGCCUAAACUCUUACCAUUUCAAGCAACUAAUAACAACCUUGAUAGAUGCUCGGUCAGGCUGGAGAAAAUGCAUGUAGAGACAGAGAGCAGCACAUGCAGUGUUGGCUUCAAUACAUACAAGUGCCAAGUGUCUCUCCUGAACUACCAAGGCAAUCAAGUAAAAGAAGAAAUCAAUCAUUCAGCUCCACAGAACAGUCAAAAUAUACAGAUUAGUGGAAAUGCAAAAUUACUUAGUAAAAAAAGAAUUAAAGUUGAAGGAAAACAAUACAAACGUGAAUUGCAUGGUAAGGUGCAGAGUGAAAAACCCUUCAAAUGCACCCUCUGCAGCUACUCCACUGCUAAUAAAGCUCACUUCCAAAUACACGAAAGAGUACACACUGGGGAAAGACCUUACAAAUGUGACCAGUGUAGUUAUGCCGCCAUCCAAAAAAGUGACUUGUCCGUCCACCAGAGAGUACACAGUGGUGAGAAGCCAUUCAAGUGUCGCCAUUGUAUCUUUGCCUGCUCCCGUAAACGUGACCUGUUGGCUCAUGAAAGGACUCAUGAUGUUGAUAAACGACUAAAAUGUGAGCAAUGCUCUUACACCAGCAACCGCAAACGAGAUAUGCUAAUCCACGUCAGUUGCACACAUGCAGACACUUUGUUAACCACCACUGUAAAUGACCAGAAUAUUUACAAAUGUGACCACUGUAGUUACACUAGUCCUAUUAAACGAAAUUGGCAGAACCACAUCAGAAUAACGCAUACGAAACCAAAACCGUACAGAUGUAAAAUAUGUAGAUAUGAAUCUAAAGAUAAAAGUAGAUUUGAAACACAUGUCAAAGAACACACUGGGAAGCCAAUCGAGUUCCGCUUCAAAUGUGGUGAAUGCAAUUACGCUACUGGUCAUAAACAUCAUAUGUUAACGCAUCAAAGAACUCACUCAGGUGAAAAACCUUUUCAUUGUAACCACUGCAGCUACGCGACUGCCUAUAGACGUGAAUUGGUAGCCCACAAAGCUUUACACAAUAAUGAAAACCCUUACAAAUGCACUAAAUGCAGUUACGCAUGUGGCAGUGAGAGCCAUCUGCGGAUCCACGAAAGGACACACAUUGGUGAGAACGAGAAUAGACUUACGGAAACGUUAACAGAAACUAAAAAACCUGUUCAGACCAGAGUUAACACUUUCAAAAUUUUACUUAAAAGGGAACAAAGCAAAUAAAUAGCUCUUGGCAUUAAAAUCCACUCCUAUUCACAUUCCACAACCAGGGAAUGGGUCGGCGUAGUUUCAUUUUUCUACAAAGAUCUUUUGAAGAGAUAUAUACAGAUUCGUUUUUAGUCAGGAACUGGGAACCUGAUCCUUAUAAAUCUAUAUUAAACUGAACCUCUAAUUUUUAAUUUUUCUUUAAUUGCUUUGAAAGAAGUGAGCACUAAUGCAUAGUAAUAUUUUUGUAAAGGUUAGGAUAAGUAUUUGUUUCAUAUAAUCACACUUGCAUCACAGCAUUUUAAUCACAUUUUUAAGCUGUAUUAAUAUUAGGAUAUUUAUUUUAA